CGUUCUAUCGUUCGUCCAUUCCCGUUUGUGUCGUCAUUUGGUGAGGACGUGUUUUCUCUCUGGUGGGUCUUCCGGCAAUCAAAUCCCAUCGUGUUGGAUAGCGUGAGGUACCGAUCGUUACUAUUGAACCACUUAAUCACGUUCAGAGAAGCGGAAGUGGUGUCCACGUGCAGACCGGUGUGUGCCUUUUUUCCGAUGCGAGAAUAGGAUUUUUAUACCCGAUGUCCCCGAGAGACCGAGUGUGUGUAAAUCAACAAGUGUUCAUUGUCUGGAAGCGAAAGUAAACGAUUAGUCUGUCAGUGCAAAAUAUGUGGAGAAUUCUGGUGAAGAAUAAGGCGAAAGAGUGUUCCGCGGUUGAAGAAGUGAACUGCUGACCUAAGGAUUAUUUAGCGGCUAAUUGAGAUCGAAGAUCGACUAAUUGAACUUAAUUGACUGGUUGCGGUGAAGUGACAACUGUGGGUGCGUGUCCGCGUGGGUGUGUUUGAGUAUCGUUAACCGAGAGUACGGUUAUUCCGCUUCGUUUGAAAUAAUGGCCGAAGAAAGCCUACAUGUUCCCGAUACGAAUAUCGAUUUCCACAUCGUUCAGUUGUUUGAACGAUUGGAAAACCUCCGGAGGGAGCCCGGAGCGUCCAAGCUGUCCACCUCCCUGCAGGGACGAGCCAGCAUGCACAACGAACUGCGCAGUUUGGAAUUCUGGAGAUCGAUAACCUCCGAGUGUUUGGCAUCGUUUUUCUACGUCUUCAUCGUGUGCGGAGCUGCGGCCGGAGCCGGUGUCGGAGCCAGCGUCUCGUCAGUCCUGCUAGCAACGGCACUCUCGUCCGGAUUCGCUGUCACUGCGCUGACCCAAUGCUUUCUGCAUGUCUCAGGCGCCCACAUUAAUCCAGCGGUAACAAUCUCACUGGCAGUUACCCGCAUGAUAUCACCCCUUCGAGCUAUCUUGUACACGAUAGCGCAGUGCGGAGGAUCGAUAGCCGGUGCUGCUCUACUGUAUGGCGUGACGGUGCCCGGUUAUCAGGGUAAUCUGCAGGCGGCCGUGUCCCACACCUCGUCGCUGGCCGCCUGGGAGCGGUUCGGUGUCGAAUUUAUCCUGACCUUCGUCGUGGUGCUCUGCUACCUGAUCUCAACCAAUUCAUACAAGAAGUACUUCGGAUCAUCGGCAAUCGCCAUCGGUGCGGCCUACAGUGCGUGCAGUUUUGUCUCGAUGCCCUACCUGAACCCAGCGCGUUCCUUGGGUCCAUCGUUCGUGCUUAACAAAUGGGACAAUCAUUGGGUUUACUGGGUAGGCCCACUGAUCGGUGGAGUGGUCUCCGGUCUGUUGCAUGAGUUCAUAUUCAGCACUAAGAAAACCAGCAAAAAAUCGAAAGACGAAGGUGAUUCCAGCAUUAACUCCGACGAGGAUAUCAACUACGACAUAGAUAUGGAUAAACCAGUUCAAAGUGGUAAAUAUCAUACAUACCGACCUCCGAGUGGAGCCCUUGUCAAUCAGCAACGCUACUGCCAAAGUAUUUACACCGCCGAACCAACGUCGAAAACUGACCGCGUCGAAUCAAUUUACGGUGGAACCAAAUCUAUGUAUUGCAAGUCCCCGCCGCUAACUCGUGCCAAUCUGAACCGAUCCCAGUCGGUGUACACCAAGAGCAACACUGCCCUCAACCGCGAUAUGAACAUUCGACCAGGACCGCUGGUACCAGCGCAAAGUUUGUAUCCUCUGAGAGUCACCCAACCGCAAAGUUCCCAUCUGCAGAAUCAAAACGUUCAGAACCAACUGCAGCAGAGAUCGGAAAGUAUUUACGGAAUCCGGAGCUCCAUGCGGCAACCUGCACCUGUUGAUCGCAUCCCUCAACAAAUGCCUUCACAUCCUCAGCCCGGAGAGCCACAAGGUUUCCAACCAAUCUACAGCACCCGCACUAAUCCAAACUGUUCGACUGACGCCUUGAAGUUUGAUCGAGAAACACGGGAAAAUAGUCGAGAUGAUUCCAUGUCUUCCAAAUUUUCUCGCGCAGGACGGCCAGAAUCCAUGUACGGCCAGCGCCGAGUCCAAUCAGCCCAGUCCGAUGACAGUUCCUAUGGCUCGUACCAUGGUUCGGGACCCGCCAUCACCCCUCCGACCAGAAAUGCCAGCAAUAGUAGCAGUAACUACAAUGGCGGUCUAAUGCUGCCAAAUUAUGGUGGACAUGGGCCGAAUGGAAUGUCCCAGGUUCAGGUAGCGGAGCGAAAGUCAUCUUCUUCUUCUCAACAACAACAACAACAGCAGCAGCAGCAGCACCAACAACAACAACAGCAGUCACUAAGAAACCCAAAUAGUAUACAAAACACCAGUCUGCCCCCUCCGCCACCGCAGUUGCAGUCGCAUCAAGCCUAUCAGAUGCAUCCAGUACGACAGAACUAGGACCCACAAGAAAAAGUGUGCUAAACUCGGAUCUUUGUAUAUUGUGUGUUUUUUUUGUUUUGACUCGAAAAGAUAUUUUAAUCUAGCUAGUUUUACUCCUCAGUUUUUGUUUAUUUAUUUUUCUUCCUAACCUAUUAUACCUACAAUUGUAUUUCUAUAAAUCUAAACCUAAUCUUGAAAAAACAAGAAAACUACACUAUGAAUCAACGAAUGUUACGACAUUAAGACUGACACUUGCUUGUACAUGUAGAUUUUUCCUAUAUAAACAUUGAUUGAAAAUUGUUGAUGUCCUCAAGUCACACUUAAAAGAUAAAAACAUUAUAAACCGUAAUUGACAGCACCAAUCACCGGAUCAUGUGCAUGUGGGUAGUAUUAAACAUUACACUGCAAUCAUUACAUAGUUCACUGACUGUAUGUUUUCAGUUUUGCUUUAGUACAAAUGUAUAUAGAAUUGGUAUGCUGAAGAGUGACGCCACACAAUGCGAAUGUUCAGCCGAAUUAAUGAACGAACCUUAAAACUAAACAGAUCAAUUUAGAAAAUUAAGCGUUAUGAAAAGUUACAAAGUCCGCAAGUAAAUGAAAUAAGGUAGUUAAGAACAUAGAUUUGUUGUUUCUAAUUGUAUUGUGUAUAUAUAUAUA